GGACACCUAGCUUGCUCCAAACUCCCCAUAUAUGUUGUACUCCUACUAUAUCGGAGAAACAAAACUAGCUCCACUCCUGCCCAGCCAAGAAUCACCGAUCCUGCCAUGGCCGACGCCGACGCCGACGCGUGCCCCGCCGUCUUCGCCUCGCGCCACCCCACCGAGCAGGAGCUCAUCUCCUCCUACCUUCACCCUCGCCUCCUCCUCACCACCACCAAGCCCGCCGCCGCCGUCGCCGCUGGCGGCGUACCGAGCUUCAUCCACCACGCCGACGCGUACGCCGCCGACCCGGCCGACCUCACGGCGAGGCACCUCCCGGCGCGCGCCGCGGACGGCUCCAGGGCGUGGUACUUCUUCUCCCCCGUGCGGACCACCACCGAGCGCGGGACGCGGCGGGCGCGCGCGGUGGAGUCCGGGGACGGGUGCUGGCACUCGGAGUCGGGCGUCCGUGCCGUCGUCGACGCCGCCGGCCGCCGCGUCGGGCACCGGCAGUUCUUCUCCUUCGUCAAGAAGAGGGAGGAGGACGGCAAGCGGGUUCGCACCGGGUGGCUCAUGGUGGAGCUCGGCGUCGACAACGAUGCUGCUUCAGCCUCCUCCUCCAAUGAGCUGGUGCUGUGUAAGAUUUACAUGACGCCACGCAUGCCGCCGCCCUCGCCGCCGAGCGCCGUGACGUCGUCGGCGGCGGCGACCAUGGAGCUGAUGCCACGCGCGCCGCCGCCGUCGGCGCCGAGCGCCGUGACGUCGCCGGCGGCGACGACCAUGGAGCUGAUGGCUGGAGGAGUACACAAGAGGAGGAAGAUAUCCGAUGAGAUUGCAGCUGCCGCAACACCGCCGCAUCCACAACAACAACGACGACAGCGCUGUGUUCCAGACAACGACGGAUCAAAAGAGAGCUCCGGCGAAUCAUCAUCUGUGGUCAUACUCGAUGACGACGACGACGAUGCUGAUGCUCCGGAAGAUGGUGGUGCUGUCAGAUCAAAACUGAGGUCGGACGAUGGCGUCAUGCUGGCCGAUGCUCGAGACGACGAACAACACGCCGCAACAUCCGACUCCAUGGCCGGAACAUCCGGUGGCGCCGUCACGGGAGGAGGACACGGAAAGCUUCUUCCCGACCUCAACGUCGUCGCAACCGUGGCGCACGACGACGAAGGCCGCCACGCACGGGGCGCACCGCGGCCACAAGACGGCGGCACCAGCACGACGACGACGAUGGUGGCCAGCGCCGGCGCCGAGCGCGGCAGCACGACGGGCCACCUGCCGGCCGCCACCGCCGGGUACCGUCGAACGCUGAUGCUCUUCCUGGAGGAGGAGGACGACGACGCCGUGGAGGAUGAGCAGCAGCAGCAGCAGGCGCCGCCGCUGCCACCCGCGACGUCGACGGCGACGACGACGACGAGGACGGCGGCGGAAGCCAAUGUGCAGCGGCAGCGGCAGCCACCGUGUUGUACAUUUGUGGUGCACCCGUGCGCGGUGCACGCGAAGAUGCGACACGGCGCGGCCUACGGGUGCGGCUGCCGUGUGACCGGCGCUGUCCGGAGAGGCGGUUACCAUCUGCCGAGGCGUGCAGUACAUACUACGACUACUGGACAGUAGUUUAUAUACGACUUGUUGCUCCCUCCCGUCCUCACAAGAAUGCGAUUGUAGCAUUCAAAUUUUGUACUGUACAAUAGAGAAUAUAACAAGAGUGUUGUACUU